AUCUAAAAUGGACGAAAUUUAGUGAGGCAUUAACGCCCCAACAUCACACUAUGAUAGAAAAAUUCCAUUUCAUUGCGUCCAACUGUCCAUUCCGUAAUCCAAGAAUCAGCACAUGAUCCAACCACUUUUUUUACUCUCUCUCUCUUUCAAAAAAGAAAGACCAACAGGGCGGUCCCCACUCCCUCAAACCCAGCUCCUCCCCUUCACAGUUACCCGCGCCACCAUUCCAACCUAAAAACCCAUCACCAUUGGCGGGAAAACUUCAAACCCUCCCAAACAACACACGGAACGAGGGAAAAACCCCAAUUCCAAAUUUCAAACCUCCUCUCCCUCUCUCUCUUCCCCUGCACGCUUCUUGUUCUAUAUAUAACUGCUCCUUCUGUCCUCUUUUCAAGUGCGCUAAACCUGUUCGACGAAAGUCCUCGCUGAGAACUUCUCCCAGUUUCGUCGAUUUAGCGAGAAAAUGUAUGUGGUGAAGAGAGAUGGGCGCCAGGAAGCCGUGCACUUCGACAAGAUCACGGCCCGCCUCAAGAAGCUGAGUUACGGGCUCAGCAUCGACCACUGCGAUCCGGUCCUCGUGUCUCAGAAGGUGUGCGCGGGCGUCUACAAGGGCGUCACCACCAGUCAACUCGAUGAAUUGGCCGCCGAAACUGCUGCCGCAAUGACCGCCAAUCACCCCGAUUAUGCUUCCUUGGCUGCUAGAAUUGUUGUUUCAAAUCUGCACAAGAACACCAAGAAGUCAUUUUCUGAGACGAUCAAGGAUAUGUACAACCAUGUCAAUGAGAGAUCCGGACAGAAUUCUUCUUUGAUAGCUGAUGAUGUUUAUGAAAUAAUCAUGAAGAAUGCUGCUCGAUUGGACAGUGAGAUUAUAUAUGAUCGUGACUUUGACUAUGAUUACUUUGGUUUCAAAACCCUUGAGAGAUCCUACCUGUUGAAGGUCCAAGGAAAAGUUGUUGAAAGGCCUCAACACAUGUUGAUGAGGGUUGCUGUUGGGAUCCAUAAAGAUGAUAUUGAUUCUGCUAUCAAGACAUAUCAUUUGAUGUCUCAGAGAUGGUUCACUCAUGCAUCGCCUACCCUUUUCAAUGCCGGGACACCAAGGCCCCAACUGAGUAGCUGCUUCUUGGUGUGCAUGAAAGAUGAUAGUAUUGAAGGAAUCUAUGAUACUUUGAAGGAGUGUGCUGUUAUCAGCAAGUCUGCUGGAGGAAUUGGAGUCUCUGUCCAUAACAUCCGUGCAACAGGGAGUUAUAUCCGUGGAACAAAUGGUACUUCAAAUGGUGUAGUUCCAAUGCUACGAGUUUUUAAUGACACUGCCCGUUAUGUUGAUCAAGGAGGUGGCAAGAGGAAGGGGGCCUUUGCGGUUUACCUGGAGCCAUGGCAUGCUGAUGUAUUUGAAUUUUUGGAUUUGAGGAAAAACCAUGGCAAGGAAGAGCACAGAGCACGGGAUCUAUUUUAUGCUCUCUGGAUACCUGAUCUGUUUAUGCAGAGAGUCCAGAGUAAUGAUCAAUGGUCUUUGUUUUGUCCAAAUGAGGCUCCAGGUUUGGCUGAUUGUUGGGGUGAAGAAUUUGAGAACCUUUACACUCAAUAUGAAAGACAGGGCAAGGCAAAGAAAGUUGUCCCAGCGCAGAACCUCUGGUUUGAGAUUUUGAAAUCCCAGAUAGAAACUGGAACUCCAUACAUGCUAUUUAAGGAUUCUUGCAAUAGAAAAAGCAAUCAGCAGAAUCUGGGCACUAUCAAAUCAUCAAACUUGUGCACUGAGAUAGUUGAGUACUCAAGUCCAUCAGAAACUGCUGUAUGUAACCUGGCGUCAAUUGCCCUACCACGAUUUGUAAGAGAGAAGGGUGUUCCAUUAGAAUCACAUCCAUCUAAAAUUGUUGGCAGCAGAGGGUCUAAAAGUCGAUAUUUUGAUUUUGACAAAUUAGCUGAGGUUACUGCAAUUGUCACUGUGAAUCUUAACAAAAUAAUUGAUGUCAACCACUACCCGGUGGAAACUGCAAGAAGGUCGAAUUUUCGACACAGGCCCAUCGGUAUUGGAGUUCAGGGACUUGCUGAUGCCUUCAUAUUACUUGGCAUGCCAUUUGAUUCACCAGAGGCUCAAAAGUUGAACAAAGAUAUAUUUGAGACCAUAUACUUCCAUGCUCUAAAAGCUUCUUCUGAGUUGGCUGCAAAAGAAGGUCCCUAUGAGACAUAUAGUGGAAGUCCUGUGAGCAAGGGAAUUCUUCAACCGGACAUGUGGAAUGUUAAACCUUCGAGUCGAUGGGACUGGGAUGAUCUUCGGGGUAUGAUAGCAAAGAAUGGAGUAAGAAAUUCACUUCUUGUAGCACCUAUGCCCACCGCUUCAACUAGCCAGAUUCUAGGAAAUAAUGAGUGCUUUGAACCGUAUACCUCCAACAUCUAUAGUCGAAGAGUUCUGAGUGGUGAGUUUGUUGUGGUGAAUAAACACCUUCUUCAUGACCUAACCGAGAUGGGACUUUGGUCACCUACAGUUAAGAACCAGAUAAUUCACGAGGAUGGAUCCGUUCUGCAGAUAUCAGGAAUUCCUGAUGAUCUGAAAUUUAUUUAUAAGACUGUUUGGGAGAUCAAACAGAGGACAUUGGUUAAUAUGGCGGUUGAUCGUGGAUGCUAUAUAGACCAGAGUCAGAGCCUAAACAUACACAUGGAUCAGCCUAAUUUUGGAAAACUUACUUCCUUGCACUUUCAUGCAUGGUCCAAUGGUUUGAAAACUGGGAUGUACUACCUAAGAUCACGUGCUGCAGCCGAUGCCAUCAAGUUCACAGUGGACACAUCUAUGCUUAAGGAAAAACCCAAGAUCGAAGACGAUGACAGCGCAAAAAUGUCACAGAUGGUAUGUUCUUUGACAAACCGCGAUGAGUGCAUGGCGUGUGGCAGUUGAAAGAGUUCGUCACCAAAAGUUGCUUUUGUUGCAUUUCCUUCUGACAUCGAGAGGCAACCAGAUUCGGCAUGGCUGGGGCCUGGGCCUCUUUCUUACAAUAGAGGUUGGCAAUGGAAGUACUUUUCCAAGCUUUCUCAGAUUUGGGGUUUGAAUGUGAUGAAUAUUGUAAUAUAAAGUCGGAUUGGGAUCAACAAAAAAAUGUAUAUGUUCAACUUGGUAUCUUUAGUUUCAUGUGUAUUGGUUGAACUGUUGGUAGGAUUGAUGGAUUUUGCUCUAAUAUCAUGGUAAUUUUGAGUUGAUUGUAAUCAAUUUUUUUUUUUGGUGCCGUUGAGUGAUAA